UCAGCGUUGGGGUGCUAGAGGUCCCCCGGCAUACGGGCCGUCCUUUUCUGGUCUUUCAUUUUCAUCCUCCUUGGAGCUGCACUUUUUAAACCUCUUUGGACUUUCAGCCAUGCGAAAGCGAGGCAAAGACUUGGGCUUCUUCGCCUUCUGCCUUUGGGGCUAGCCCAGCUCCCCCUACCCCAUCAAUAACUCUGGGAGCAAAUAUAAGUCCACGAAGUGACAGGAUUACUGGAGGAUCUUUCACCUGCCCUGCUGAGGAUCCUUGGAUGUUCCCAAGUGCUUCUCCUGGCUAUGGGAUCCCAUCUGGUCUAUCACACUCUGGGACUGAUAGUUUGCUACUCCGUCUUAAGUUCCGUCUACGCGCUGCAGGACGAUCCUGAUGACGUUUUGACGAAGGAGGAGCAGAUAUUCUUGCUGCUAAAAGCCAAGGCCAAGUGUGAGCGGCAUUUAAAAGCCAAAGGCCCCAAAGUGCAAGAUGGAUUCUGUGUCCCCGAGUGGGACGACAUCAUCUGUUGGCCCGAAGGUGCCCCGGGAGCGUUGGUGUCCAUACCCUGCCCAGAUUACAUCUUUGACUUCAACCAUGAUGGCCAUGCGUAUCGGCAGUGUGACCUGAAUGGGACGUGGAUGUUGGUGUCCAGCAAAAACCGCACCUGGGCUAACUACAGCGAAUGCACCAAGUUCCUCAACAACGACACCAGGGAAAAGGAUGUCUUUCAUCGCCUCUAUGUGAUUUAUACUGUUGGCUAUUCCAUUUCACUGGGGUCCCUGACGAUCGCUGUUCUCAUUCUAGGAUAUUUCAGGCGCUUGCACUGUACACGGAAUUACAUCCACAUGCACCUCUUUGUCUCCUUCAUGCUUCGAGCCAUCGGCAUCUUUGUGAAGGACGUGGUUCUCUACUCCGGCUCGGCUCUGGAGGAGAUGGAGCGGAUCUCAGAAGAGGACUUUAAGUCCAUCACUGAGGGACCUCUGACAGACAGCCCACCCAUGGUGGGCUGCAAGGUUGCCGUUACCCUGUUCUUUUACUUCCUGGCUACCAACUACUACUGGAUCCUUGUGGAAGGCCUCUACCUCCAUAGCCUCAUCUUCAUGGCGUUCUUCUCCGAGAAGAAGUAUCUUUGGGGAUUCACGUUAUUUGGCUGGGGACUUCCUGCUGUAUUUGUCACCAUCUGGGCUAUCUUAAGGGCGAAAUUCGCCAACACAGAGUGCUGGGAUCUAAGUGCCGGCUACUUCAAAUGGAUCGUUCAGGUGCCUAUCCUUGCAGCUAUGUUGGCAAACUUCAUUCUUUUCCUCAAAAUCAUCCGAGUCCUCGCAACCAAACUCCGAGAGACAAACGCAGGGAGGUGCGAUACGAGGCAACAGUAUAGGCAACUGCUGAAAUCUACUCUGGUCCUUAUGCCUCUAUUUGGAGUUCAUUAUAUAGUUUUUAUGGCUGCUCCGUACACCGAAAUGACAGGGAUCCUCUGGCAAAUUCAAAUGCACUAUGAAAUGCUCUUCAACUCUUUCCAGGGAUUUUUUGUCGCCAUUAUCUAUUGUUUUUGCAACGGGGAGGUCCAAGCAGAAAUAAAGAAGUCAUGGAGCAGAUGGACAUUAGCGCUUGACUUCAAAAGGAAAGCCCGCAGUGGGAGCACAACCUACAGCUAUGGGCCAAUGGUGUCCCACACCAGUGUCACUAACGUCACCACGAGAGGGGGAAUCGCCCUGCAUCUCAACACGAAACUCAUUCCAGGUGCCCUCAAUGGACACCGGAACUUGCCGGGAUAUGUCAAAAACGGCUCCAUUUCGGAGAAUUCCAUGCCUUCUUCUGGGCCAGAACAGUAUAACAAAGAUGAGGAGUACCUCAACGGUUCAGGACUCUACAACGGAGACAAGCCGACAGGUCUCGUCGAAGAAGAGAAGGAGACGGUGAUGUAAAAGGAAAAAGGAAACGGGUAGAAAUCCAAAUAAGAGUUGCCCAGAAAGCACUGUGUGUUCAUAAGAAUACCCAGCCAAUCACUGAACAUCAAAGGCCUAGAAACAUUUUCCCCCCUGUUCUUCGAAACAAGAAACCACAUUCUACGGGGAAAUGUGGGCUAGCAGACUGAUCAGACACACUUUGCACCAUGGUCUGCUGCCCUCAGGUGUCAAUGAAGGCAUAGGCUCUCUAGAUCCUGCAGAGCUCGUCAUACCUGUCCGAAAAUGAAGGAUAUACCCAGAGUUUACACGGACGUCCCAAUGGCACUCUCGAGUUUAAGAGAAAUGGAAGGAAACUGGCCGGCUGUCCUAUUUUGGCACCAAGAGGGUGAAGGGUUGAGGUCCGCCAUCCUUUUGUGUGACAAGACAUCCCGGGGCCUUUCUGCGCCUUUCAGAGCUUGCAAUUUCCUUUUUAUUGCAAAGAAACGUUUUGCCAUGUGCUAGAACCACCCAGGAUGGGCUCAGGUCAGGGAACCUCCUUGAUAGUUGUGCAUGCGCCUUCGGAGGUCUUGCGUCUCUGUUUCUUCUUUGAUUAAAACCCAGUUCUCUAAAGACCCCAGUUGCAUAUCCUUACAGAAAUGGGUGGAAACCCUUCCAUCCCUACAGCGUGUUUUUGUGAUAACUCCAAUGGGGAGGGGGGAGACAGGAAGGCUCCUUUAUCUGAGCAGAGCCCAAAAUGCUGUGAGAAAGGAUCUAGUGCAAUUGGAAGACAGCAACAGUUAGCUGGUUGCUCAGACUUCGUAUUGGUAUCAUUCUUCCUGCUUCUAAAGGUAUAUCUGCACUACAACUUUACAUUGGCUUUCUACCGUUUUGACUGUCAUGUUUUCCCCGCCAUCAAAGGAUCCUGGGAGUUGUAGUCUGGUGAGGAUGCUGAGAGUUCUUGUCCCAUCGUAGAAUUAAAGUUCCCUGGGGAGAGGAAAUUACUGUUAUACUAAAGUCUGUACUGUUGAUGAGCACCAAGAAUGAAGAGGAAGGGGGGGAUAAAGAGGGAAGUGUUUGCAGGAGGUUAUAUGAAUGCUAUGGAGUAGGGAUGAGCAGGAAGAAGAUCUCCAGAUGUUUUGGACUUCAACUCCCAGAAGCCCCAGCCCGUAUGGCCAGUGGUCAGAAAUUCUGGGAGAUGAAGUCCAAAACAUAUGGAGAUCUACCUUGUGCCCAGCCCUGCUAUAAAGGAGCCACAGCUGUGCCCGUUACUACUGGACCAGCCAAUCUCGUACAUACUGUGGACCUUUGGGGACCAUUGCAUCUUUAAGAGGUCCUGUAGCAAACUGUUGAAUAUUCAUGCUGCCAAGGCUCCAGGUUGUCCUAUUCCCCAAUAGAUAUGCAAGCCCCAGUGAAAAGAGGAGAACCUCAAGGCAGCAUGGAGGAGAGGAGUUAGGGUGCAGAGCAGUGGUGGUGGACCAAAGUCCCCACCCAUGUUGCCCAAAGAUUCUGUUGGCCUUUCCCACCUCCCCAAAAGCCAUAGGCCUGAAUAUUCUACCCAUCACUUUACCUUUUAGGGCCAUGAAUUUACAAGAUCCAUUUUGAAUGUGAUGGCAAAUGGUCAGCCGAAGCAGGUUGACAGGUGUCCUGAUGCAGGCACACCUUGCAAGGUACUGCAUCCUGCAGAAGGCUGGGCGAAACCAGGUGAAUCACUCUCCGGGCACAGGCCAGGAUGUUCUUGUCUUGAAGGCCGUACUGAAAUCUCCACUUGAUCGAGCUUGUCCAAAUAACUCCCCAACGAAACUGGCUGGGUGAAUUGCUUUUCUCAAGCUCUUCUUCAAACUCAAGGGAUUGAGACCAGACUUCCUCCUGUACAUCUUAACCAUGUUUAAGUAGGAGUAAAUUCCCCCUGACUUCAAUGGGAUUCACUUCUGAGUACAUCUGUUUAGGAUUGCAGCUCUGCUUUGGAUACCUGUGGACAUCUCUACAUUAGAAAGGUCUCCUGGUUUUAUACUAUUUAAUGGGGCAUGGCUUACCCCCAAGGAAUCCUGUAAAUUGCUAUAAAGUUUGUUGAAAGUGGUCUGUUAGAGAACCACAGCCCCUUCCCAGAGCUAUUCCUGGACAGCGGGAAUAGUUAUUAAACCAGUUUCAACUGGUGGUGUAGACAUAUAUGUCAAGUACAAGGCUAGCUGUUUCCAUCUUCCCUUUUUUGCAAUCAGUCUAAACUCCAGGAGCAAAUGAGCCCUUCGCUGAACUAUGAAUUAAGUGUAAUUUCUGCAAUUUUAACCAUAAUAAU